UUUCUAUCUAAACGCAGUGUGGAAAGUGAAGCUUAGAUAGAAAAGAAAUGAUGGCGAUAAUGAACUGUGUUUCGUUUUCUUCUUCUUCAAUUCCAAUUCCAAGACAACAACAACGCCUAUCUUUCUCUUCAUCUUCUUCUCUGUGUUCUUCCAUUUCAAGGGUUACGAUUACUCCACGUAAGCAGCAGCAGCAGCAACAGCAAUUGAGAAGAAGAAGAAGAAACAAUAAUGGUUUCACUUGCAACGCCCUUUUCGGAUUAGGUGUACCUGAACUCGUUGUUAUUGCCGGAGUUGCCGCAAUUGUUUUUGGACCAAAGAAAUUGCCCGAAGUUGGUCGCAGCAUCGGUAAAACUGUCAAAAGCUUUCAACAGGCUGCAAAGGAGUUUGAGUCCGAGCUUAAAAAGGAACCUGAUUCCACAGGUGGGGAGCCAUCUGAGAAAUCUAUUGCUGUGAGCGAACAGGAGAAGCAAAAUAAUGAGGUGUCUAGUUCUAAGGAUAGUGUAUGACAUUUGUAAAAGAUGUUAUGUGAUAUGAUAAGUAGGUUUCAAAUUUUCACCUGGACAAUGAGCAUUCAAAAGAAACAUUCUUCUCUAAUCAAGAUUUGUAAAUUUAUCA